CCAAGUGAAUGUGAGCUAACAUUAGUUAACAAAAAGCAAACAUUUGCCAGCGAUAACAGGCUUUACUUAUAGCUUUUAGAUAUAUAAAAUGUUACAGUAUAAAUAUCCAGUUAUUUAGGAUGAUGAAUAUGUAUGUAUCUGUACUGCAGUAUGAAUGAAUCUCUUCCUAUGGUCGUGACCCGGAUACUAAACGAGUGGACACGCCGCACCGCUACCUCCGUCGUGUGAGUAACCGACAUGCAACUGAUUUUUGGGGACUUCGCAUCAGUUGCGUGAUGAGAGGAACCUGCCUGACAGCAGCAGAGAGGAGUGCACCUGCCUUGGAGGAAAGCUAACCCACGAAUGGCCUGCCAGUCUGUUGCUGCAGUCAUGGACGAGCAGGCCCUACUGGGGCUCAACCCGAACGCUGACGCCCUUUACAGGCAGAGGGCCAUGGUGUACUUUGAGCAGCUGAAGGAGUCCCAGGAUGCCUGGGAGGUGUGUGCAGAGGCGCUGGCUACAGGGGUCUACAAUGACGACCAUGUGAAGUUCUUCUGCUUCCAAGUUUUGGAGCAUCAGAUCAAGUUCAGACAUGCUGGUCUGAGUUCAGCUCAGCAGCAGCUCAUCAGAGAGACUCUGAUGAAGUGGCUUCAGUGUCAGCUGAUGAACGCUCAGCCGGAGAAGCCCUUCAUCAGGAACAAGGCGGCUCAGGUAUUUGCCCUCACCUUCAUCAUGGAGUAUCUGACCCUGUGGCCCAAGUUCUUCUUUGACAUCCUGUCACUGGUGGGUCUGAACCCUCACGGCGUUGACAUCUACCUGAGGACGCUGAUGGCCAUUGACGCAGAGGUGGUCGACAGAGACAUCCUGCACACACCUGAGGAGACUCGUAGAAACACUUUGAUCAAAGACACCAUGCGGGAGCAGUGCAUCCCCAGCCUGGUGGAGUCCUGGUUCCAGAUCCUGCAGACAUACCAGCGGUCCCACCCAGAGCUCACCUGCCAGUGUCUGGAGGUGGUGGGAGCUUACGUGUCCUGGAUCGACCUCAACCUCAUCGCCAACGACCGGUUUGUGAACCUGCUGCUGAGUCAGAUGUCUGUGGAGGAGCUCCGAGAGGAGGCCUGUGACUGCCUGUUUGAAAUCGUCAACAAAGGAAUGGACCCUGUGGAUAAAACCAAACUGGUGGAGUCUCUGUGCCAAGUGCUGCAGUCUGCUGGGUUCUUCAACGUGGAGCAGGAGGACGAUGUGGACUUCCUGGCCAAGUUCUCUCGUCUUAUGAACGGGAUGGGUCAGAGUCUGCUGCUGAGCUGGACAAAGCUGGUCAAAGCUGGCAGUGUGAAGGAGGCUGCCGAGACUCUCCAGGCCGUGGAGGCUAAAGUGCCGCUGCUGCUGAAGUUGCUGGUGCAUGAGGAUGACGACAUCUCGGCCAACAUCGUUGGCUUCUGCUACGAGUACCUGCACAUCCUCAAACAGCUGCCUCAGCUGACAGAGCAACAGAAAACCAACAUAGAGGCGAUCAUGCUCGCUGUCAUGAAGAAGCUGACCUAUGAUGAUGAGUAUAACUUUGAAAACGAGGGUGAAGACGAGGCCAUGUUUGUGGAGUACAGGAAGCAGCUGAAGAUGCUGCUGGAUCGUCUGGCUCAGGUUUCUCCUGAGCUGCUGCUGGAAGCCGUGCGCCGAGUCUUCACUAGCACAAUGCAGAGCUGGCAGACGGCUGCAUUCAUGGACGUGGAGGUGGCCAUCAGGCUGUUGUACAUGCUGGGCGAGGCUCUGCCGGUGUCUCACGGCGCCCAUUUUUCUGGAGACACGGCGAAGACGAGCGCCUUGCAGGACAUGAUGAGGACGCUGGUGUCCUGCGGCGUCAGCAGCUACCAGCACACUUCCGUGUCUCUGGAGUUCUUUGAAACAGUCGUUCGAUAUGAUAAAUUCUUCAUUGUGGAGCCUCAGCACAUCCCAAAUGUUUUGAUGGCGUUUCUGGACCACCGAGGACUGAGACACAACAGCCCGAAGGUCCGCAGCAGAGUGGCCUACCUGUUCUCCAGAUUCGUCAAAACCCUGCAUAAACACAUGAAUGCCUUCAUUGAGGACAUCCUGACCAGGAUCCAGGACCUGCUGGAGCUCGCGCCCCCUGAAAACGGCUUCCCAGCGCUGCUGACCAGUGACGACCAGCUGUUCAUAUUUGAGACGGCAGGCAUCCUGAUUGUGAACGGGGACAGUCCUGUAGAGAGGAAACGGGCAUUGAUGAGGAGUCUGUUGACGCCGCUGAUGGACGCUUUCCGCCUGCUGCUCACCAAACUGCCGCAGGAGACAGAGGAGGAGAGGCAGGCUGCCCUCGCCGACUGCCUGAACCACGCUGUCGGCUUUGCCAGUCGGACCAGCAAGGCGUUCAGCAACAAGCAGACGGUGAAGCAGUGUGGCUGUACAGAGGUCUACAGGGACUGUCUGCAGACCUUCCUGCCUGCACUGAGCUGCCCCAUCCAGCGGGGGGUGCUGCGCAGCUCGGUUCGCUCCUUCCUACAUCGAAUGAUCAUCUGCCUGGAGGAGGAGGUGCUGCCCUUCGUCCCCGCCGCCUCCGAGCACAUGCUGAAGGACUGUGAGGCCAAAGAUCUACAGGAGUUCAUCCCACUCAUCAGCCAGAUCACGGCCAAGUUCAAGCGGCAGGUGUCUCCCUUCCUGCAGCAGGUUUUCAUGCCGCUGGUGCUCGCCAUCUUCGAGGUGUUGGCGCGGCCGGCGGAGGACAACGACCAGACAGCAGCUCUGGAAAAACAGAUGCUGAGAAGGAGCUACUUCAGCUUCAUCCAGACCAUCACAGGAAGUGGCAUGAACGAGGUGAUGGCCAACCAGGAAGCAGAAAACAUAGAGCGGGUUGUGUUCACAAUCAUCCAGGGAGCUGUGGAUUUCCCCGACCCCAUCGCUCAAAAGACCUGCUUCAUCAUCCUCUCCAAACUGGUCGAGCUCUGGGGAGGCAAAGACGGCAUGGUGGGCUUCCCCGACUUCAUCUACAAGAACAUCGUCCCUGCAUGUUUCCUGGCUCCUCUCAAACCCACCUUUGACCUCUCAGAUGCUCAGACAGUACUGACACUCUCUGAGUGUGCUCUCACACUGAAGAUGAUUCAUCUCAAACGGGGGCCGGAGUUUAUUCAGUUCUUACAGCAGGAGUAUCUGCCUUCACUUCAGGUGUCUCCAGAAAUCUCACAGGAGCUGUGUCAGGUGCUUCAGCAGCCGGACGUCAAAGUCCUGAAAAACUACAUUAAGGCAUUCUUUCAGAGAGCAAAGCUGUAGAAAAUACAACUGGAAGUUCACUUGGACUGAAAGGACUCUUCACAGAAGGUGGCCGCCACUUAACAAGAAAACGUAACUUAGGAGCAGCGUUUGCACUUAAAGAGUAUAUAACAAAACCCAGUCUAAGUCGGGGAGAGGGUUGGCGGACAGUUAAAUCCCUCCAGACGAAACGAGACGAGCUGUCCACGUGGACUCGAGGCACGGAGGAGCUCGCUUCCUGAUCAGAACUGUGGAGAAAUUUGUUAAAACUUUGAGUCGCAUGAAAAGGGCUUAAACACAGACCUGGAGGAGAAGACACUACCUGUGUGGAAAACGUAUUAUCGUAGGAUUUGUGAAGUUAAAGCUUUAUUAUAGUUGAACCGUAACAUUAGAAACCACAUUUUAAAACGUCCUUCGCUGCCUUAGAAUGGACACAAAAUAAGGGCUGACACAGUAUUUUUAUUUAAACAUGGCGCCGAUUUUCUGAUUGAACGCAUUGAGGAGAACGGAUGGUUGAUUUAAGUUGUCUCAGCCACUUGGUUUAUUUGUUACCUGACCUGAUGAAGAUGGGCUGUUCGCAGCCACACUGGGUUUAUGGUAAAACUGAAGAGUAAUAGUCCAUGGAAUAUUGUAGUUUCUUGCAAGUAUGACUGACACUGUUUUAAUUUCAGAUGGAAAUGAACAUAAACUGGAGGAACAAACUGUAAAUAACAGAGUAUGAUGUUAAAAAUGUAAAUAAAGUUCCUAGGUUCAGGUUUUUUCUUUUUAAAUCUUCAUUCCCAUCUGGAAACUAAACAUGGAAAUCUGUUUCUGCUUAAAAAAAAAAGAAGUUAGGAAUGAUGACAAUAAAAAUACUUAAACAGAGACUAAAGCUUAAACGUAUAAUGGAACUUAUAAUUUGACUUGAUCCCAUUUUGACUUGUAAAUGUUGACUUAGUGUUAGCUUUGGAGUUAUAUUUUGA